GGCAGGGCCGGCUCCCGAGCCGCCUCAGACGGAGCCAGCCAGCCAGCCAGCGCGGCCCCCCUUCCCUUUUCCCCGGUCCCGGCCUCACCAUGAGCAGCGGUAGCGCCGGCUCUUCCCGGCCCCGAACGAGUUCUUUCGCAGACCCGUCCGGCGGGGCUCCCGCCACAGCCCCCGCCGCGCCCGGCCCGACCUCGGGGGCAGCGCCAGGGGGGAAACCCGGGGGGGCUGCCGGGCCUGGGCCGGGGGGAGGCGGGACCAGCUCGUCGGUCGGCGCCUUCCCGGGGCUCAAGCUCGGCCGAGACAGCAGCAAGGUGACCACGGUGGUUGCCACGCCCGGCCAGGGCCCCGACCGCCCCCAAGAAGUCUCGUAUUCCGAUAUCAAGGUCAUAGGCAAUGGGUCCUUUGGGGUUGUCUACCAGGCCCGACUAGCAGAUUCCGGUGAGCUGGUAGCUAUCAAGAAGGUGUUGCAAGAUAAACGCUUCAAGAACCGUGAGCUUCAGAUCAUGCGGAAGCUGGAUCACUGCAACAUUGUUCGCCUGCGGUAUUUCUUCUACUCAAGUGGGGAAAAGAAGGAUGAGGUUUAUCUGAAUUUAGUCCUGGACUUCGUGCCUGAGACGGUCUAUCGUGUGGCCCGCCACUUCACCAAAGCCAAACAGACCAUCCCUGUCAUCUAUGUGAAGGUGUACAUGUACCAGCUGUUCCGCAGUCUUGCUUACAUCCAUUCUCAAGGCGUGUGUCAUCGGGACAUCAAACCGCAGAACCUGCUAGUGGACCCUGAUACAGCAGUCCUGAAGCUUUGUGACUUUGGCAGUGCAAAGCAGCUUGUGCGGGGCGAGCCCAAUGUUUCCUACAUCUGUUCUCGCUACUACCGGGCUCCAGAGCUCAUCUUUGGAGCCACCGACUACACCUCAAACAUAGAUAUCUGGUCCGCUGGCUGUGUGCUGGCGGAACUGCUGCUGGGGCAGCCCAUCUUCCCUGGGGACAGCGGAGUAGAUCAGCUGGUGGAGAUCAUCAAGGUGCUGGGGACACCGACGCGAGAACAGAUCCGAGAGAUGAACCCCAACUACACAGAGUUCAAGUUCCCCCAGAUCAAAGCACACCCCUGGAUAAAGGUGUUCAAGCCCCGCACACCGCUCGAGGCCAUCUCGCUGUGCAGCCGGCUGCUGGAGUACACGCCCGCCACCCGCCUCUCCCCGCUCGAGGCCUGCGCCAACAGCUUCUUCGACGAGUUGCGCGAACCCAACGCCCGGCUGCCCAACGGCCGUGACUUGCCCCCGCUCUUCAACUUCAGCCCCGUGGAGCUCUCCAUUCAACCGGGGUUGAAUUCCAACCUCAUUCCACCACACAUUCGGUCCCAGGCUGGCUCAGUGGGACCUGUGUCUGGCUCCACAUCUGCGCACAGUGAGGGAAGAAUGGGAACUGACAGGAGCCAGGUGACGCCAGGAGACGGUGCAGGACCCAUUGCCAACACAUCCUGAGGGGCCGCUGGGCCGGGGGGCAGGUCCCCUCCACUACCCCCUACCCCCCAGGCCACCCACAUGGACUUCUCUGAACUGUGAACGGUGGGGGAAAGCAACUGUGGCCCGGGGGACCAUGUGGAGCCUGCCUCCCGUUGGCCAAGGGGAAGGCCAAUUGGAGAUGAGCUGGCCACUUGGACGGGAGGGGGGAAGCCCCUGUCACCCCAAAUCACUCGCGAUUCCCUCCCAUGUUGUCCCAUGAUGCCUCGGCAUGGGGAGAGGGCAGAGAAUUCCCAUGGCUUAAGGGCUCCCUUUUUUUCCCCCCCAAAGCGGUUCAGGUUGGUACCUCUAGGGACGGGGAGAGACCCAAGAGCUGCAGCCGACCCCCCCCCCCUUCCUCCUGCCGUCCCUAAGUAUGCCCCGGCUCAAUUUUAAGUUCCUCUCGUUUUUAACAUCCCGUGUAGAGAGAAAAAAAGUAUAUAUAUGGUUUUAUUUCCAGACUCAUGUCACUUAUGCUCUCCAAACUCCAGCUCUGUGGCCCUUCACGCGGUACUAUUCCCUCACCGGGUGUCCCUUUUACAUCCCAGACCUGUCUGUCUCUGAAACAUGGAUGCUGUAUUUUUAAGCGGGUCGGUUUUUUAUCCCAAUGAACUCAAUUUGUCCCAUUCAGGUGGGGAAUUAGGACCAUUCCGUUCCUCCCGACACCUCUUCCCGCCAGAGCCUUGUCAAUUGCUGGCUGUGCCUCCACCACAAUCUCUUAUUGGGAACAAGCGACUCCUCUCCCCCCUUGCCUUGGGUUGUGAGAGGGGCAUGGCCAACCAUUCCUUGCUCCUCCAGUUUCCCAACAGCGAUAGCACCUGGAUUUCUUGCGGGAAAUCCUUCCCCUCCCCGUGUAUGGGCUGGUAGUAGAGCUGUUCUUCCCCCAAGCAGGCGGGUAAACGGCAAAAGCCUGUUCUCAACUUCAGCUGUGUCUGCUCCCCUGUAGCAGAUCCCUCCCCAGCACUGCAAAUCAGUGGUGUGGAUGAGGGGGGCUCUCGACGGGAGCAAGUUUUAAUUCCGUGCCCACGCGUCCCCCUCCUGCUGUAAAUACAUCUCUUCCCCCUCCCCUCCCAACAGCUUCCUUUUACCAUUUCCCCUGUAAAUAGAUUACCAUUUUUUUUUCUUAAUGCAAUGUUGCAAUGAUUGUCCUGAACUCUACUUCCCCUCUCCACCUUCAAAUCGCUCUAGGAUUGAGGGUUCCCCCUGGGGAGCCAGGGUGCAGCCUGUGGAUAAAUUCCCCCACCCCAAUAUCCAUCCUCAUCACUGCCCUCCUCUCCCUCCCGACAUUGUGUGUUAGUUUCUUUCUUAGGUUUUUUGGCUGUGUACAGACAUCCGGUUCAAUAAAUUAUUGGCAUGAA